CCCACGAGGCGCCAUGCAUGCGCUGCGGCGCUUGGGCCGGCUCGCCCGGCGGCUCCGUAGCUGGGUAGACGUCUGUCGCCGGAGAGACACCCACUCCUCGGCCAAGGAGCAGUUGGAAACAAAAUCAGAAACAAAGCUUCAAAAGAAAAUAUGCCAAGUUGUUCUCAGACAUUUUGAGAAACAAUACUCUAAAGAGCUGGGAGAAGUGUGGAACUCAAUCAGUCAAGUGCUUUCAACACCUCAGUGCUGGCAGUAUGCUGUCCUCCUUAAUAAAUUCAAUUUUUCCUCUGAAGUGGAGAAUGACUUGCACUCAAAGGGCUAUCGCCUCAUUUUCCCGGAAACUUCAUCCUGUUUUCGGCAGUCACUCAAGUGUUACAUCAGUAGCAGUCCUGGAAGAUUCCCUGCUCAGAAACACAGAGCUGGCAAACUGAAAGAAUAUUACCUGCUGAAUGCAGCGUCAGUUCUGGCUGUGCUGGCCCUGGAAGUUGAGAAUGGAGAGAAGGUUUUAGAUAUGUGCGCUGCUCCAGGGGGUAAAUCGAUAGCAACGCUUCAGUAUGCUUGGCCAGGGCUUCUGCACUGCAAUGAGUAUGACCAUUUGAGAUCACGCUGGCUGAAGCAGACACUGGAAUCCUUCAUCCCAGAAUCUUUGAUGAGUCUCAUUACUGUUUCACAGUUGGAUGGAAGGCAAAUUGGAAAUCUUCAGCCUGAAGGCUUUGAUAAGGUACUAGUGGAUGCUCCAUGCUCAAAUGACAGAAGUUGGUUAUUCUCUUCCGAUACCCAGCAGGCUACCCUACGAUUAGCACAAAGGAAAGCAUUAUCUGCUGUACAGAUACAGCUGCUAAGGUCUGCAAUUAAAGCCUUGCGUCCUGGAGGAUCUCUGGUUUAUUCCACAUGCACUCUUUCUAAGGCGGAGAAUAGUGAUGUCGUAACACACAUCCUCGACUCCUGCAGCAAUGUUUGCCCAGUGGAUAUGAGCUCCCUGGCCAGUUCUGCAUCCCAGGAAUUCACUCUUGCUUCUGGUGUCCAGCAGCAUGAACUUCUAGUACUUCCAGAAAGGGGGAAAGCUUGGGGACCAAUGUAUAUAUCUAAAUUAAAGAAAAUGUGAUUGGUAUUCUUCAUGUGGUUGCAGUUCUUUUAGGUCAUAAUGACCAAUCCUUUUUUUUUAAGGGGCAACAGCUUUUUGAAGUGAAAACCUGAACAGGAGACUGAAAUCCAAUCUCUUCUAUUUGCUAGCAGCAUCCCCAUCCAUUUUUCUAUUUCAGUACCCAAUUGGAAGAUUGGGGGAGGAGCAGGGGGAUGCUCAAUGAGACAUGCAGAGAUGUGUUUUCAGUAAUUGUCCCAAUUCCAAACGUGAAUUGUAGGCGUGUUGAAGAACACCCAAUUCACUAGUCUGUGGGCCAUGUGUGUGCACUUGCCUGUAGCUUGUAACGGAAUUGUCAGAAUUUGAGCACUAAUUUUAAAUCCAGUUAAAAUGUAUUUGCUUGUAGAAACUUAUUUCAACACAGGAUGACACUAGGAGCAAACAGUUUAAAAAGAUGGAAGCAAUUGUUUCAUGUAUUCACAGCACCUCACUACACAAAACAGGGGGAAAUUUCAGGAACAAAUGCCUGCUAUGAAUUCUGGUUUUUUUUUAUGAGAACCAGGAGUGGAGACUUCGUAUUAGAAUCAUAGAAUUGUAGAGUUGGAUAUUCUGGUGGUAUCUUCUAGUUUUGCGCACACAUUGAGCAGUGGACAGCAAGUUAACACCUAGAUCGCAUUAAUCUAUAAUGCAGUGUCGGCCGCACCCUGCAAAUAGUGACAACUGGAAUCCCUUUUGCCCAAGAUCCUUCUGCUUGGCUGCAGAGCUCAAAUUUGGUUUGUCAAAAUAGUCUUGUUUUGGAAUUGCUUCACCAACCUUCCAUUUCCAAGGAUGUUCAGUGAAUCCUAAACAGCCACCAUCAACCUCAUUUAACCGGGGAAAGUUGCUGAGCAGGCAUCUCUAGAAACAUUAACUUUCUACUGCUUAUUAGCAAGUAAGUAUGUUAAAUAGAAAGUUCAGCCACUGGAUAGCAUUUCUUUUGCAUGCAAAGAAGUAACUUGGGUUUUGUGAUUUUUCAGAUGCCAUGUUUCUGGACCAGUUUUCAGGACAAUGAGAGAUUGAUUUAGAGUUAUUAACACUUUAUUUUCCACUAUCCUACCAGAUUAUGCAUAUCAUCAUGCACUUUUUAAAAGUCAGCGUCUGGUUUAUAUGAUGGUGAAGCUGUGUCAUGUGCCAACAAAAUCAGUUUUAUUAUGAAGUAACUUGUUCCCUUCAAGGAUUGUUUUCUGCCUCCCUUGGAGGUUGUAGGUGACACAUGGAAACCAGCUUACUGUUACUGCUUUUAUCUCUGUCAGAAUAUGCAAUGAAAGAGUUGAUUGUGUUGAAAGGCCUCUAAAACAGCAGAUUGUCAAGCAAAUGUGGUGCUUUGGCAUGGAGUUUGGAGACAUAAAUGCAUCUUAUCUGGCAGCUGCAAAACAAAUACUUGAAAUGAAACUAGGAUGACAAAUGGCAGUAGCCGCCACACAGUGUUACAAGAGCAUUUCUACACAAAUUCAGCCAUAAUUACUGGUAUAAACAGUCCUGAACAAAUGGCUUGUCUAAAGUGAUGUCAGUUCUGUUCUGAAUGCAAGAGAGAACGAAGAAAUGGCACUCUCAAGCAAAUGUCCAGUCAUAAUUUAUGAAUUAUUGCAAAACAAUACUAAUAUUUAUUUCUUCGGUAUUGAUCACCCGCUCAUUACUGAAUAUUUCAGUUUUAAAGCAGGGAAUGAUGAAAUAAAAUAAUAGCAGCAUGCCAAAAAUAAUAUACAAAUAUUACACAAUCCAUAGAAACAAUCGAUAAAUAAAUUAACAGCUCCAUCAUAAAACUAAACUAAACUGAUGUUAAGGCAACAAUUAGCAUUUCCAAUUUAACCAAGUAUCUGGAUAUAGAAAAUAGGAUAUUCACUCACUCUCCUUAUUUUUCACAUAAAGAAGGCUGCAUUCUGUGCCAACAGAUUUUCACUCUAGAGCAGGCACCCCCAAACUGUGGCCCUCCAGAUAU